UGAGAGAGCUAUUAUGCUCUCUUCGGGACUUUCCCUCUGCCCUCAGAAACGUCAGUCACUUCGUGUUGGAGAGACGUACUCAUUGCGCGUAUAACGAAUCGACACCAGUAGUUUAGAUCCAACUGGAUAUCGGUGCAUACGUCGCAAUUAACACUAUUAAUUAAGAGUGCUAAACUAGGCACGAGCAUUAAGAGCAUCGGACAAAUGGAGGAUAAGAAACGCACAAAGAAAAUUGGUGCCACCAGUGUCGCGGUCGCGAGCGACUCGGACAACCAGUAUGAAGCCUCAUAUUUAAAAACUGGCAGCACGCGCGGUAUUAUUUAUCAACUGAAGAUCUUAACGUGGAUCACAUGGAAACUGAUGUGCCAGAACGAUGCUAGUAUCAGCAAUUGGUGGUUGGCUACGGAAGUACGCAAUGCUCUUGGAUUUCAUGAUCUUGUUUUGAAAUAUGCCAUUAAUGAUGUAAAGGGGGACGGAAGCAUCUCCAAUAAAAAAUAUAUGUAUCGUUUCAUGCAAAUCAAGCACAAGAGGUCCUUGCAAAAGAACUCCAAUAUCACUAGUUACCAUUUAUUGUCUCAGAAUAAAUUGCAUCGUCAGGGCAGUCUGAUUUAUCUAUUCAAAGCCUACGUAAAUAUGCUUGAUAGCUUCGAGGGGAUCACGCCCGAUCAAAUCCUGGACCUAACGAUUUUUACAAACAUGAACAUGGAAGCGUUUACUUUCUUAGUACCAGUAGAAAAUGAUAAACUCUAUGGUUUCGAGGGAAAGGGCAAGAGAUUUCGUAUUGACAUAAAAGCAUUAAAGAAAGUGCCUAGAAUAAUGGUAUGUCUAUACAACAUUAAAGAGGACGAGAAUAUUAUAUCUGGCUUUUUGAGAAAAUUGGUGUUCAUGGUGUGCCAGCCCUCCGAGCAUGAGUUGGAGGAACUGAUCGUUGCAGAUAUGGGCAAAACCUUAAUUAACACGACGCAAAUCUUCUACGAUAACUUGUACAAGAAUAUAAUCAACUGGUUUCUUAUUUAUGAUGCCGGCAAAGCACCAUAUCUCACCGAGGAUCGCGUAGUGGAACAUCUAAAAAAGAUUGAAGCUGUACUGAAGAAAGCGAAGAAUACGGAAAUAUUUGUCGAUCCAGUUUCGAAUUUGUCAGAUAAAUUAAAAUUGUUAUUUUUGUAAAGAGAAUACACACACAUAAUUCUCACUUCGUAAGCUUUCAUUUUUUUCAGACAAAAUGAAGUAUAGUGCCUUACUUUUUCGAUUUAUUAAAAGAAAG